CGCGUUUUGCUCCUUUUCCAAAAUUCCAGGAGAUUUUCCAGCUUGAGGAUGGGCCGGCGACGUCGCUCAGCUACCUCCAAAGAAACGAAUCUUCUCCAUCUCCCCCCUGAAAUAUGUGCACUCAUAUGCCAUUCCGAGACGACGGAGCCGAAAACCCUCCUCCAACUCAGUCGCCUUUCGCAUAGUUUUCGCUACGAAGCGCAACGUCUGAUCUAUCGCGUUGUCGACCUGCGGACAAGCAGCAAACCACUCGCGUGGGCCCGCGCUGUGACGCAUAACCCCCGUCUUGGGACCUACGUUCAGAGAUUCACCCUCUCCCCUUCUCCCGACUUGGCUGUGGCUGCAAAGAUUGCGAGAGCGCUGCGCAACUGCCCUAAUAUCAAGCGGCUUGCCGCUCAAACGGCCUACUGGAGCCCCGACUAUAACUGCGCGGACGACGUUACUCACACAUGGAUCAUUGAUAAUGCACCGUUCCAGCUUACUCAUUUCUCGAAUUCGUCUCUCCGGAAUUCCUUCCUACAUCCGUUUUGGAAUAAACAGACAGAGAUACAAGUCCUCUCGUUGCCGCUCAUAAUCAACUCCGAGGGCAAGAGGGGUUUUCCGUGUCGUGAAGACCAGCUGCCGAAACUCAUUGCGCUGGAUGUGGCAUCAACGAAUUUCCUUCCAGCCACGCCACGGCCACUCCAACGCAUUCAAAUCGGUGUAACGAAUCCAAUGCCAAACGCGCACCAAAAUCUACGCGCUCUCAGGCGAUUCGCGGCUACUCUGACGGUUUUUAACUUCUCAGCCGUGGCGAUUGAGCUGAUGGAGACGAUCUCCGUUGUCUCACAAGCGGCGCCCAACCUCCAACACCUGGGUCUUUCCGAAAAGCUCUCUCGGACUGGCUUCGACCAUUCUGUGAUAUCAGACUUCGUGCCAUGUCCACUGUUGCAGGACAUGAAACAUUUAAGAAGCUUCGUCUUAUAUACCUAUACCCGCCGCCGCCUCGUCCUUCCUGCUAAUACCUCCAUUGGUACGCCGGAGGGCGACCAUUUCGUCCACGCAAACCUCAAUGCUGAAGCACUGCUUCGCGUAUGCCCGGCCUUGGAUCAAGUCGUAGUUGGCACCUAUGUCAAGAAAACCGUUGACGAUACCGUGUCCUACACAGAAAAGACCUGCAAGGUUACAAGGGUCUCUGGCGACCCGAAUAGAUACUUGACGCAAACGGGCAAGGGUUUUGACCUAGCAGCGAUGGGACGGUUUUGGGAUAUCUGA